CGUGAGUGCAUAUCCAUCCAUGUUGGUCAGGCUGGAGUUCAAAUUGGUAAUGCUUGCUGGGAGCUGUACUGCCUGGAGCAUGGUAUCCAGCCUGAUGGGCAGAUGCCAAGUGACAAAACAAUUGGUGGAGGAGAUGAUUCUUUCAACACAUUCUUCAGUGAGACUGGUGCUGGGAAACAUGUCCCCCGAGCAGUGUUUGUGGAUCUGGAGUCUGCUGUUAUAGAUGAAGUUCGAAAUGGAUUGUAUCGGCAACUAUUCCACCCAGAACAACUUAUUACUGGUAAGGAGGAUGCUGCCAACAACUAUGCUCGUGGACACUACACAGUGGGAAAAGAAAUAAUAGAUUUAGUAUUGGAAAGAGUGAGGAAGUUGGCUGAUCAAUGUACUGGUCUUCAAGGCUUCCUGAUCUUCCACAGUUUUGGUGGGGGUACAGGCUCUGGGUUCACAUCUCUACUCAUGGAGCGACUGUCUGUGGAUUAUGGCAAAAAGUCCAAGCUUGAGUUUGCCAUCUAUCCAGCCCCACAAGUAUCCACAGCUGUAGUGGAGCCAUAUAAUUCAAUAUUAACAACUCAUACAACACUGGAGCACUCAGACUGUGCCUUUAUGGUGGAUAAUGAAGCUAUUUAUGACAUCUGCAGGCGGAAUCUUGAUAUUGAGCGCCCAACAUACACAAACCUGAAUCGUUUGAUUGGCCAGAUUGUGUCUUCCAUUACUGCAUCUCUGCGCUUUGAUGGGGCCCUCAAUGUGGAUUUGACAGAAUUCCAGACCAACUUGGUGCCUUAUCCACGUAUCCACUUCCCUCUAGUCACUUACUCUCCUAUUAUUUCUGCUGAGAAGGCUUACCAUGAGCAGCUCUCUGUCUCUGAGAUAACAAAUGCCUGCUUUGAACCUUCAAAUCAGAUGGUGAAAUGUGACCCGAGGCAUGGAAAAUACAUGGCAUGUUGUAUGCUGUAUCGUGGAGAUGUGGUUCCCAAAGAUGUGAAUGCUGCAAUAGCUGCCAUUAAGACAAAACGCAGUAUCCAGUUUGUGGAUUGGUGUCCA